AUGGCCGAGAAGGCAGGAGGAGUGGGCCCAAAGCCUAGCAACCUCCAUACCACCUCAUCAAUACCCCCUGAGCCCAUUGAUAUCAUCCGAAACAAGGCUAAGUCACGCCGGGUUCGCCUCAACGUGGGUGGCCUCAACCAUGAAGUCCUGUGGCGGACCCUGGAUCGCUUGCCUCGGACCCGGCUGGGCAAGCUCCGUGACUGCAAUACCCACGAAUCCCUAAUGGAAGUGUGUGACGACUACAGCCUCAACGAAAACGAGUAUUUCUUUGACAGACAUCCGGGGGCUUUCACCUCGAUUUUGAAUUUCUACCGCACGGGAAAGCUGCACAUGAUGGAGGAGAUGUGCGCCCUGUCGUUUGGUCAAGAGUUGGACUACUGGGGCAUAGACGAGAUCUACCUGGAGUCGUGUUGCCAGGCCAGGUACCAUCAGAAGAAGGAGCAGAUGAACGAGGAGCUGAGGCGAGAGGCGGAGACGAUGCGGAAUAGGGAAGGAGAGGGGGAGUUUGAUAACACCUGCUGUCCGGACAAGAGGAAGAAGCUCUGGGAUCUUCUGGAGAAACCCAGCUCCUCUGUGGCUGCCAAGUUUCCACAAGCUCCGCCCCACCACACCACCAUGUGCCUGAGAGAAGCAGCCAUUGAAGUUCUCCACCCUCCCUAUCUCCCAGGCUACAUCACUAUCAAGGUUGAUCCUGGCAGCAACCCUGUGUGUAUGCGGAUUGCGUCUGCACAUUUAAAACAAAAGAUGGUGCGUCUACGCGUGAUUUUGGCCCUUGACAACAUCAGAAGACUGGAUAUUACCGAAGAGCUCACUUCAGUUGAACAAUUGAAAGAAAUCCUUAAGGAAGACUCAUCUCUCCUAAAAGAAAAAGAGGCACUCUGUGAAGAAAUGAGAAAAAAAUAUCCAAAUAUGGCAUUUGUGGAGUCCAAGAUGGAGAUGACUUUUUCCCUCAGAAGAAAAGAGAUUGUGAUGGAAGAGCCUCUUGUCUUGGAUGUCCAGAGACAAUGGCCCGCAUUGUUUUUGCCUGAACAGAUUUCUGCUGAAUUUUUCCGGAUCACACAAACCCACCUGAUGAACCGAUUCUUCUCAUCUUUGGAUGAGUAUGCGCCUAAGAUUAUCAGGUUGUACAGGGCACGUGCUGCGCUGUGGGGAAAAGAUAUGAAGACCCUGUUGGAGAAUCUUGACGAUCAGGUGACUAUCCUUUGA